AUGGGCAACGAGAAGAAGGCGACGACCCGCCAGAAGGGCACCCAGAAGCAGGCGUCGGCUGAUGGUGGCGGUGGAAAGACGCAGACCGGACCCGCGCCCGGCGCCCCGCCCCCGCGAGCCACCAACGCCAAGGAGGAGGUGCAAAAGUGGUGUCAGACGUGCCUCGACAAGGGCGUGCAAGGGCUCCGCGACGAGUUCGCCCGCGAGAUCAAGCGCUACGUGCCGCCGGACAUGCAGUUCGAAGCGUUCAAGACGAACCACCCGGCUGGCCGUAAUCGUUACCAAGACGUGCCGUGCCAAGAUAAGGGCCGCGUCGUCCUCCGUCCGCCCGCCCCCUGCGACUACAUCCAUGCCAACUUUGUGCGCACGCCGAUGAGCGACAACCGCUUCAUCUGCACCCAGGGACCCCUCGACAACACUGUCCUCGACUUUUGGUACAUGAUCAUUCAGGAGGAGACCGACUCGAUCAUCAUGUUGUGCAACGUCAUCGAGAAGGGGCUGCUCAAGUGCGCGCAGUAUUGGCCCAACGAGCAGGGGCAGAGCAUGAAGCCGGCCGACAACAUUGAGAUCAUCAACGUCGAGACGCGGCUGAUGAUGCCCGAGGAUCAGAGCAUUCGCCUUUGCGUACUGAAGCUCAAGUGGAACUUUGGCAGCCCGCAGGAGCGCGAGGUGCGCCACUACCAGUGGCUCGACUGGCCGGAUCGUGGUGUGCCGAUCGUGCGCGGGCACACGCCCACCGAGUUGCUCUCCCGGGUGCGCGGCACGAAGAAGCCGAUCGCUGUCCAUUGCUCUGCUGGCAUCGGCCGUACUGGUACCAUCGUGGCCAUCGAGUACACCCUGGAGCGCCUCAUCGCCGGCCUGUGCACCGUGGACAUGGACAAAUUGCUGAAGGAGGUGCGCGACCAGCGCCCCUAUACCAUCCAGAAUGACGCGCAAUACCUCUACAUCCACCGCGUGUUGCUGAACUACUUCUACGGCAAGUACAACCAGGCGAAGGGCAAGGAGCUGAUGGACAAGUACAACAAAUUCAUCGCCGACUACGAGAAGGCCACCGCCGCC